AUGGACAAAUUGGAGAAGACUCGACAAGAACUGUCAAAGUACCAGUAUGUACAGUUUGCGUUUUGCGACAUCAAUGGCACUUCUCGUGGGAAGAUUCUUCCGGUUCGCAACGUUGACAAUUUUGAGAAGGGCUUGGCCAUACAUGCUGGUUCAUUGAUGUUUAGCCACAAAGGUGAGUUCGUCAUUCCAAAAGAGGUAUCAGCCACGACCUGUGGAAACAUGGCUUUUGUUCCUGAUUUGGACACACUACAUCCAAUUCCUUGGGCUGGCAAUGGCAAGUUCAAGGUCGCAGAAUUCUACUGUGAAACGGCAUGGAUGCCAAGUCGCAAAUACCAGGAGGCCUGUCCCAGAUACAUCGCCAAACGACAGUCCCAGAGGCUGCAAGACAUGGGAUACGAAUCAUUUUCUGGAUUCGAAAUGGAGUUCAUGUUAAAGAAUCGACAGACGAAAGCGCCAUUAUUUGAUGGGCUUGAUUACUGCAUGAACAGAACCUUUAAACGAAUAGAACCAUUUCUAUUCGAACUCGAUUCGCAGCUGCUCGAAUCUGGCGUAGAAAUUGAAGAAUUACAUGUCGAGUAUGCUCCAGGUAUGGUAGAAUGUAUCAUGAAGCCGCAGUGGGGAAUCAAAUGUCCAGACUCGACUUUUGGCUUUAUCCAAGGUCUUUUAGAAAUGGCCGAACAGCAUGACUUGUUGCCAACGUUUUUUUUAAAAUCAAAUAUGACAGAGAAUAACAUAGGUACGCACUUUAAUCUCUCCGUGUGGAAUAAAGACACGAAAGUCAACGUCUUCCAUGAUGCAACACAAGCAGACUGUUUGUCAGACACCGCGCGCUAUUGGAUUGGCGGAUUGAUGAAGCACGCUGGGGCACUGACAGCUCUCUGUUCUCCAGCAGUCAACUGCUACCGCCGCUUAUUUCAACCGUGGGCACCAGGCAAGUGUUUCUGGGACAUAGACAAUCGUAAUGCAUCAUUUCGUGUGAAAAAUGACAACAUGAAGAACACCUAUAUUGAAAACCGAAUUCCCAGUGGGAAAUGCAACCCAUACCUGGUAUAUGCAGCAACGCUUGCAGCUGGUAUUGAUGGUAUUGUCAACAAGAUAAAAUGUCCUCCUCCUAACGACCCCACUGCUCCGGACAUCCCAUCAUCCCUAGCGGCUGCCUUGGAUGCCCUGAAAGAAGAUGAUGUCAUGGUGUCUGCGUUGAGUCAGCAGUUCAUUGAUUGGUUCAUUCAACUCAAAACGGAAAAGGAAAUAAAACCUUUACAAGAAGCCCCUAACGACGAAAAGAGGUUCCAGAUGGAAAUAGAAAUGUAUGCAUAA